AAUAGUUAUCCGGAAUUAAAAUUGUACCCCUGGCUGAAGGGAAAUUUUUUGUCAAGGUUCAGAUAGAAUAUUGUUGCGUGGGAAAUGUUGUUGGUACUUUAGUUUGGCUAGCUGGGAAUUGACCUGUCACGAUUACGUUUGUGCAUAUAUUUAUUUAUUUUCUUUUUUUAUGCGAUUGCAAAACGAAUUCUCGCUGCGAAAGUGCGAUAAUACUGUGCCGAUUCACUUCAAAUACCGUUGUUCUGCUACUGCUUAAUCUCUGCAAGACCGACACGCGGUACAUCAAGUAGGCCUGUGCAUUCGUCGUAUCAUUUGAGUCUACCGCUAGCCGAAAGACAUGGAAAAGGUGCGCUGUUAAUUGAUAAGGUUCAAUUGAAGGUUCACAGAUCGUCCAAAUUAUUGCCACAGUUUCAACGUCAUGGUCGAACCAGUUGUUCGUUCUUUCGUCAUGCGUAUUUUGUUCGCAUUCUUGGCCGGUUUGAUUACGGCCACGUUGUUCGUAACACUAAUGGUCCGACAAGGAAUCGCUCCUUUUGAGAUGCAACCUCCACCGGUACCGCUAGCUCGAACAAGUGAAGGCUGCGAUGACUUUCCCGCAUUAAAAAAUGAUAAUCUGCUCCGGGCCGCCAGGGGUGAACCUGUGGAUCGUGUGCCGGUAUGGGUGAUGCGCCAGGCCGGACGCUAUCUGCCGGAAUUCCAGGAAGUACGCGCGAAACAUGACUUCUUCACCGUCUGUAGGACACCGGAGCUGGCCUGCGAAGUGACAAUGCAGCCAUUGCGACGGUUUGAUCUCGAUGCUUCGAUCAUCUUUUCCGACAUACUGGUGAUUCCGCAGGCUUUGGGCAUUACGGUUGAAAUGAAACCUGGUGUUGGUCCGGUACUGCCCGAACCACUCGUCGGUCCACCUGAUCUCGAAAGACUCAACCAGACCGGCACUAUUGAUCGGCUGAAGUACGUCGGAGAAGCUAUCACGAUGAUGCGACGGAUGCUCGAGGGCAAGGUACCACUGUUCGGAUUUACCGGUGCACCCUGGACACUGAUGGGCUACAUGAUUGAGGGAGGUGGUAGCAAAACCAUGUCGAAGGCGAAAGCAUGGCUCGCAGACUAUCCGGAGGCGAGUCAGAAGUUGCUGGACAUUCUAACGGAACAGGUAGUGGAUUAUCUAGUAAUGCAGGUGAAGGCCGGUGCACAGAUGCUGCAGGUAUUCGAGUCCAGUGCGGACCACCUUAGCAAAGAACAGUUCCUUUCCGUUUCGUUACCAUGCCUGAAACGCAUUCGCGUCGAUUUGCUGCGAAAGCUAGCAGACGAAGGUGUUCCCGCCGUGCCAAUGGUGCUGUUUGCAAAGGGAGCAAUGCACUCACUAGCAGAGCAAUCCCAAACCGGCUAUGAGGUGCUCGGGCUCGAUUGGACAAUCGAUCCGGAAGAGGCUCGCAAGCAGGUCGGUCCGAAUGUGACACUGCAGGGUAACCUAGACCCACAGGAUAUGUACAAAACUCCCGAAGAGUUACGUGAACUCGUGCUGACGAUGGUACGGAAGUUUGGCAAGCAUCGCUACAUCGCCAACUUGGGGCAUGGUAUUACACCUCAGACACCGAUCGAAAGCAUGACCGUGCUAGUGCAGGCGGUUCACGACGCGUUGUGAUAAAAGAACCAUUGCAAUUAUGCCCUCUUCAUUACGAGCCUCUCCUUUGAAAGAUGAUGCUAAACAAAAGAAAAAAAAUUGUGCAUUUUUGAUAAAUCUAGCAUUUCAACAUAAACAUAAAGACAAGGAUUAUCAGUAAAGUAAACAACAGUUGCACAAUAAUAUCACUGCCUACUAUCACAAAGUUUGCUUUUGCCAUAAUAGGUGAUGGGAUUAUUGGUAGCAGUUAGCCAUCGUUAUCGCUUCAAGCGCAGUUUAUUUUCUUACGAAAUUGUAUUGUUAAGGGUUCAUGGACGAUUUUUUUUUUGUUUUGGUGUUAUUGAGGGAAAAAAUUAAUUUGUAUUGCAAAUAAAAUAG